AACAUGAAUGAGAAGGACCAAACACAGCUAGCAGCAACUGCAACAGGUUGUCUCCUGCCAGUCGCUAAAAAGGUUCUUCGUAUGUUCAAGAGUACAGGCCUUAACGAACUGUAAAUGAUCAACAAGAACAGCAAGUCAAUGACGCGACUCUACUGCUUCUUUAUGGGACCACUCCUGAAGGAGCCCAACAUCGAUGGAUGUGAUGGCAAGCGCUAAGUAACACUAGCGACGUUCUGUCGUGGCUUGAAACUGAACGGUUCUUCCUAUUUGCAGGAAGCUCAGUCACCACAGGAAGAAAUGACACUCAUCUUUGACCUGUCGUUCCUCCUCCAGAAGCUGGAUGCCAUCUCGGAUCCCAGAACAAGGGAUUAUCCUGUCGUACUCAAUCCUUUCUUCGUUUUUCCUAUGGUGGCGGCUUACCUCUAUUUCGUCAAGGUCGCCGGUCCGCGGUGGAUGCAGAAGAGAGAACCGUUUAACAUCAUAAACGUGAUACGCAUCUACAACGUCUCCAUGGUAGUCGUGAACAGUAUUUCCCUCGUGAUGCUCCUCAUCCCGACGUAUCUUCCAGGAGGUUCGUACAGCCUGUGGUGCCAAGGAGUCGAGGGAAUCUCCUCGAAAGAGCACCUCAAGUACUACAAGUACGCCUGGAUAUUCAUCGCGUGGCGCUACGCGGACCUGCUCGACACCGUUUUCUUCAUUCUUCGCAAGAAGUUCAACCAAGUGACUCACCUGCACGUCAUCCACCACACCAUCGUCGUGGUGAACAUUUGGUUCUACGGUCGCUUUGCGCCCGCAGGUCAACCGGCGUUGGGCAUAGCGCUUAACACCUUCGUGCACAUAGUGAUGUACACCUACUACUUCCUCGCCAGCUUCGGCCCUCGAAUGCGCAAGUAUCUCUGGUGGAAGCGGCACCUCACGACGCUUCAGAUAGUCCAGUUCAUCAUCAUCAUCGUACACAUGUCCGUGCCCCUGUUCGUCGAGUGCGGAUUUCCCAGGCCCGCUGUGUACGUCGCCAACACCCAGACAUUCCUUAUACUGUGUCUCUUUGUGAACUUCUAUGUGCGGUCGUACACUUGCCACAACAAGCUGGUAACGGAAGGCACGAAGCAAGUUAGCCAGGAGAACGGAAGAGCGUCGACAGAGGACGCGAAGAAACGGUGAAAAAAAAA